CGCGCGCCGGGCGGACGAGCGUUGCCAUGGAGGCGGCGGACGAGUGGCUGCUGCAGUCGCUGCGACUGUACCGCGACCUGCACACCUUCGAGCUCCAGGCGCCCACCCGCCUCAUCGAAUGGGCCCGCGGGGACCGUGUCUGUGUAGCCGGGUAUGGACAGUCUGAUGGGAACGAGAUCCUGCAGCUGAUCCCACCGCCAACACUGCUGACAAAGGAGACACAGGGCCUGUGUCCAGAGAGAGAUUUCAAGGUAGAAUGUGGUGGAUUCUCAGAGCGCCCAGUGUACAGCCUGAAAUAUGUGCCGGACACCAGCUUGCUGGUAACCAGCGGCCCACCCGACAGCUCCCUCCAGGUCUGGCAGGUGUCAGCAGAGAACUCUGAUGUCAUUAAACCUGUAAGCACCAUAGCAACAGAAAAUGACACUGGGCAAUCCUGGGCUAAAAUUGACACCAUUUCAGCCAGAGCCCCAUGGGUUCUUCAUGGCUCAAGACUUGACAGAGUCCAAAUUACAGAGGUUGAAUCAAGGAAAAAUGUCUACACAACAGGUAUUCAAGCUUCCAGAGGCAGCGAGGAGCUCAGCAAUCUGGCCUUCCUGGACUGCAACACUCUGCUUCUGUGCUGCUCCACAGGCCGGCUGUGCCUGGCCGACAUCCGGCAGCCGCAGAGCCUCGUGGAGGCCAUGUCAGCGCCCUCGGCGCCGUGCAGUGAGCAGUGGUGCAUGGGCACCAGGCAUGGAGCUCAGGACUUGGAGCCAAGCUCCCAACCUGUGGCUCGCCUCUCGAGCAGGGGGCUCCUCACCCUGACAGACUUCAGGAAAACCUCUGAGCUCUUGGCCUUGGCAAAGGCCACAGUCCCCUCUCCUGGCUCAAGUGCAGAGUUCCUGUGCGUCUCCUGGGCUCCUGCUCUGGAAGGCUACCUUGCCAUUUCAGGUUUUGAUGGCACCGUGCACGUGUAUGACACGCAGAGCUGGGACAGCUCUGGCAGGGAAGCAGAGCCCAUCUUCGUUCACAAAGGCCACGCAUUUGGCGGAGCAGGUGGCAGCGGGGACCCUCCCCUGGUCACUGUGCACACAUGGCAUCUGCAGAAACCCAGAACUUUGUUGUCAGCAGCAAGUGAUGGUUCCUUGCAUGUUUGGGACUGGGUUCAGCCCUGUGGGAAGUGUGGGUAGGUGUUGUUUUGGUGAGAUGGGGCAUUUCCUGCCUCUGCUGUAGUUUGCGUGGGCUGCAGGGUGUGUGUUUGCCUGCAGAUACUGUUUGGAGACUGAUGCAGUGAGCAGAACAACUGUAAAAUUUCUAUUUUAAUAAUAGUAAAAUUUUUGGCUAUGUUA